AUGGCGACUCUUCCCACGCGAUAUCGAUCGUCGACCUCGGCGUCAGCUACGGCGAACCCGAACCCGAAAUACAUACAAGUCUUGCAGACGCUGCUCGAUGACCUUGGCCACCAACAGGCCUCUCGAAACGACGAUGGCUACCCCGAAAUCCCCAAGCUUGUCAAGAGCCUGCGAAACGUGGCCCAGUUGAUAGCUUCCACCCCUACAGCUUCGAACCAAGAUGCCUUUCGACACGCCGGCGGCUUUGAAUGCGUCCUCGACGUCCUCCGCAGCUUUGCGGGCUACCAUGACCCGCGGAAGCGGAACCAGGCUGAGAUGAUGUCAUUAUUCAAGCUGCUCGGUGCGUUCCUAGGCAUCCUGUCAGUCGCUUUCCGAGACCACUCUGGGAACAAGAGGUUCUUCCGGUAUCGAGUCGCAGGGGGCGGAUGGGAGGCUCUCGAACAGAUCAUUGCAAGCAUCGGUCUGGGAGGGGCGGAACCCGACGCUUGGGUUAGCUGUCAUGUCUUUGGCAAGCUGCUAGCUUUCUCGCUGGACGAUGAAGCUUUGGACCUGCUCUGCCAGUCUACCGCAAAGGCCCUGCGCGCAGAUGUCGAAUCCGAGACCGGCCCUGGCGAUACCCCUGAAAACGACGCAGAGGAUGCAGCCGACGAGCAAUGGGAUCUCGUGCUUGCGCGCUCCGUUGGGAACAUUGGCCCGAGCGUGCGCGAGGUGGUUACGCCAAAGACGAUAAUACGUCAUCCGGAGCUGCUCAGAGCUGUCGUGAGCUUCUGGCGUGCUAUUCCAAGGUCGGAGAACUCGCCGCCAAGCCCGUCUUCCCUCAUUGUUCUAGAGACAAUCCUCAGUGCAGCAUCCGUCUCGAUAUACAACCUUGCUGCCAUACAUUCGACCGGUGUUCUCUCUCAGUUCCUCGAGGCUGCCUUCUCCCCCGAAUCUCACUUGGCGCGGGCUGAACAUGAGACAGUCCUGGACUUGUGUCGAUUGCUUAUGCACCUUGGUGUGAACCAACCUGCCGAUGUCCAGUUUCUGCUGUCGGCACCGGGCCCCGAGGCGGCCAACUUCUUCCUAGAGAUGACGUCUAAAUACACUGGCCCUCCCUUUUUCCAGUUUGACCUCUCGCUUCAUGGCCAUUCAUCGCUCGAACUCCCGACCCUGGGCCGCCCAUUCCCCCCUCAAUCGACGGCUGGAUACACGUUUGCGGCGUGGAUACGUGUCGACUCGUUCGACCCAACUGCGCAUACCACCGUCUUUGGCGUCUUCGAUUCCUCCCAAACCUGCUUCGUGCUCAUGUAUCUGGAACGAGAUACCCACAACUUUAUCCUUCAGACUUCAGUCUUCUCCAAUAAGCCUAGCGUGCGAUUCAAGUCAGUAACGUUUCGUGAAAAGAAGUGGUAUCACGUUGCCGUUGUCCAUCGCCGACCAAAGACAAUGUCGGCCAGCAAAGCGUCCCUCUACGUCAAUGGCGAGUUUGCUGAACAGAUUCGCUGCAAUUACCCACACGUGCCCCCGCUUGCAAACGGCAGUACGGAAACAUUUGCCUCGUUCAACUCCAAUCAGAACAAGUACAACCCCGUCCAGGCAUUCCUUGGGACCCCUCGCGAUCUUUCGAAUCAGAGCGGCUCAGGCCUUGUCUUUUCGAGAUGGUCGUUGGCAUCUGCCUAUUUAUUUGAAGAUGUUCUCAGUGAUGAUUACAUUGCGGUUCACCAUGCGCUUGGCCCACGGUACCAAGGCAACUUCCAGGACACCCUAGGUGGCUUCCAGACGUACGAGGCGUCGGCCAUGCUGGGCUUGCGGAAUGAGAUUGUGCAUUCUGGUAAAGACGAGAACUCUGAUAUCCUACGAGCGGUGCGUGACAAGGCAAGCUCACUAUUGCCGGAAGCAAAAAUCCUGCUUGGCAUUCUCCCAUCUGCCACGUUUCCUGAGAAUGUGCAAUACAUUGAUACAGGUGUUCUCCGUGCUCUUCCUCGCGCAUCUACGCGCAAUCUUUUCCGCAUGUCGAGCAAAGAAGCAUCUCCGUUGGCCAUAAAUUGUGCUGUUCCAAGUCUCACGGAUGCAUUGUUUAGGCCACAAGGCAUUGCCUCCUUCCGAGGGACCCCGAUUGUGGCUGUUCCCUCUUACUUUGACGAGAACCUUUGGCGCCUGGCCGGCUUUACCCCAUUGGCCCUGAAGCUCCUGGAAAAGGCGACAACUGUCGAAGAGACUAUCCAUGCUAUCGAGAUCAUGUUCCAUUGCAUCCGCAGGAAUUGGAGAAAUAGUGAAGCAAUGGAGAGGGAUAAUGGAUACAGCAUCUUGGGCAUGCUCCUGCGGUUCAAGAUCGGAUAUGGUUCUGGCGCUGCCAGCGAAAAUACGCAAAUCUCCCGGCUUUCAGCUUCCCAAGAGGACCGAGAAAGCCUUGCAUUCCGGAUCCUCAGCCUGGUGCUGGGCUUCGUCGGAUAUAAUCAUGCUGAACCCAUUGAAUCUUUCAUCAUCAACCCCUUAGCUUACCGCAUCCUCCUGAUCGAUCUGGAUAUCUGGCGCAAAUCAGGGCCGCGCGUCCAGGAGCUCUAUUAUAAACAAUUCGUGACCUUUGCCGUUAACAGUAAACAUCAUGACUUCAACAGUAGGAGGUUGAUACGUAUGAGAAUUGUAAAGCGGCUGCUAGAUGCCAUGAAAGGCGAGGCCAUCUCUGAAGAAGUCGUGCCGCAGUUUAUGGGAGCAUUUGAAGCGCUUGUUAGAUCGAACCUGAGCCAAGAAGUCAUGAGAUCCUUGUCACUUUUUAUUACGUACGCCUUUCAUUUACCCGCUUCGACAGGGUCACGAACUCCGAGGCCGUUUUUGAACACUUCGCGGUCUAGCACGCCCGGUCCUUUCAAACGGGGGGCUGCGGAUGGAGGCGACGGCAAUGGUCUAUCUCAUGGUACAAGAACCGUAUCGAAAAAGCAACUUGGAACCAAGGUUCUCAGCCUCUACUCUAGAAUUCUCUGCGAGAAAGGCAACUUUAACAACAUCAAGAAGUUUGCAAAGACAGUUACGAAUAAGUGGCUCUUGUAUUUACUUGCCGAUGAUGACUCUGAAACUGUCGUGCAUGGGUGCAAAAUCCUCGCUCGCCUCCUUGUUGUCCAUGGAUCUGCCUAUACGUCAAAGUUUGCUGGUAAAUCUGGCGGGUUUACGAUCAUGGCAAGCCGACUGAAGAGAUUCUGGGAUGUCCCCCCUCUAUGGACGAUUUGCUUCUGCAUCUUGUUUGGGCAGGACGUGGCCGAUGUCAACUUUGAUAGCAGGGCUGACUUCCACACCCUGGCUGAAAAGUUUGACAAGCGCAAGGUUGUCUACCCCGAGUCGCUGGUUAUCAUCACAUCGAUGCUGCAGCAUGGCUUAAAGGACGUGAUGAAGUACCAAGAAGACCCGGAUUCUCCAGCAACUAGUCUCUCACCAUCCCACGCAUUAUCUCGACCCAGCUCUGCCUAUGACUCUAGGCCUAGGGCGAGCUCAGAUCUUGUCAGAGCUGUGGAACCUAGGGUAAUACUCUCCCGAGAAAGCGUGGGGGCACAUGCCGGCUUCCUUAAAAGUGCUAUUCAAGUUUUGCGAAAUCUCCACGAACGGUCAGCCGAAUUCCGAGACUUUGCUCUGUCGUCCGAGUGGAUUCGUUUACUUUUGGCGGCUUUGUAUCCGGUCAUUGUCAGUGCUGAUGCUGUCACUCCUGACGUGGAGUUGAACUCUCGAGACUCUGCUCUCACUUUUGAGGGCAGCGAUGUCAUUAUCCGACCCAUGGGCGGUAGCUCUAUGCCGGCACCCAUUGUCAGGACGACCAACAUCGAUCUCGUACCAUCGCCACAGUCGACGCCGCCAAAGGGAACACCUCUCAAAAGAGCGUCAUCAUUCGUUCUCCUGACUGCCCAGAAAACCGCGUCAGAGGCAAAGCUCUCCAUACCCCUGACAAAACCUCCGCCUCAACAGCAAAAGAUUAUCGGCGGCAGCGCCGGCGAUGCCAUUGUGGAUGGGAUCGCGGACUUGGUAAUGCACGUCUUCAUGGACCAAAUCUUCGUUCGCAAGGAGUUUUCGGGAUUCGGUCUCUUCACCAAAAUGCCUCCUGGGUUUCAGGAGCAUCAGGCGUACUUUGAAUCAUACAUCUUGAAGAGAGCGAUUGCCGAUGUAACGCAUGUAAUCCAGACGAGACGCGAGGGAAUAUGCGAGCCAAGGAUUUUGACAAAUCUUGGCCGGCUUUGUACCCAUCUUUGUGAAGCAAUCUUUGAAGGCUGGUUCCUAAACGGAGCAGAAGCCAUGAUCGACUUCAACGGUAUGCUCUUGGAAUUUCUGCAGAGGCCCGAGAUUGCGGGAUUGAAGAGCGUUCGUCUGUGCAGCCCAGCCAUAUCGACAAUUCGCAGCUGUCUCUUGAGGACUAUCUUGCUCAAGCUUUCAGAUUUGGACAGUCGGGAAACCUCAGAGGCCGAGGCCAAGGAGUUUAUGAACAAGCUAGCCUACUGGCAGAUGUCUAUCUUGGGUUGUUUAGGGGCCGAUGACGAGUAUCUGAAGCUGUUUUGGUAUCAGCUUUAUACCAAACUCAUAGACGAUAAAGCCUCGAUUCGCGGCGCCGCUGCCAACUUUCUUCGCAUCAUUCUCGUGCAAAAGCCCGAGGAAUCCAUUGCAUUGAUUCGAUCGUCUUCUGCACCCGAACAGCGGCAGAUUGUUCGCGAUUUUGAAAAGUUGACAGAGAUUGACGACGAGUCAUUUGUGCUUUGGGUGGACAAGCAUAGACCAGCGUUGGACAUGCUCUUUUUUGGCGGCAUGUCAAAGACGUGGGAAGAUUUUGUCAGCGGCGAGAACCAUCGCACUUUUGAGUCUGCGAAAUCACGCCUGGCAAAACGCAAAGACAAGCUAAAGACUUGGAACAUAGAAGUGGUCGGAGCGGAUAGAAUUCUUGUCAACCAUGAAAUCGGUAACAGCGCGUGGAUGAAGAGCAUCUACAACGCCGAGUAUUUCAAGUAUCAGCGUUUAAUGCAAGACCAGCAAGAUGAUUUGGCUUUUCUCACGGCGGGCUAUAGAAAGAUGGAGCGAGAUCUGCAGCGGCCCGGGGCCGUGUUCAGCAUAUCCACGGCGCCAAAGUGGAAGCUGGAUCGAACAGAGGGUCGAAACCGCAUGCGUCUGCGUCUUCUCCCAGACUACCCAGUUGGCGAGGACAGAUAUCAGCCCAAGGCCAAGGGCAGUCUGCCAUCGAACAGUGCUUCUUCUGCUACAACUCCUACUAACGCUUCUGGAGCUAAUUUGAGCGCCGCCCCUGUUUCACGAGACCCGGCUGCCCCAGGGAGCCGGCCCCCUACGCGAUCCAGCGCCGUUCUAGAUGGCGUCAAUGAUAACGACUCAGCGUCUCUUACCAUGGAGCCUGAAUCGGUCUCCGAUAAUCCCGAGCCUGGGCUCACGGCAGAGGAUGAUUUUGAGCUUGUCGAUGACCCCAACGAGCCAACCGAAGGCGAUGAGAACUUUGAAGAUAAAAACCGCAAGGUCAUGCGGCGUUUGGAGCACGGCGAUCAAGUGCAGGCCGCGUACAACAUAUCUCGCGUCACGGGCCUCGAGGCCAGUGAAGGCCUUUUGAUAGUAGGAAAGGACGCACUGUACAUCAUGGACAAUGUGUUCCAGUGCGCCAACGGCGACAUCGUAAACGUGUGGCAGGCACCGCCAGAAGAGCGUGAUCCGUUUACCCAAAUCGUGACCGGUGCCAAGACGCUCGAAAAGCGGCAGAGUGCUGGCGGCCGAGAGCAAGAGUCAAGACAUUGGAAGUGGCAGGAUGUGAUUAGCGUCUCGAAACGCCGGUUCCUCUUCCGGGACGUUGCCAUUGAAAUCUUCUUCACUGACGGCCGAAGCUAUCUCCUUACCACCAUUAGCACUGGGCUGAGAGACGGCUUAUUCGCGAAAAUGUCGAGCAAAGCACCGCAUACCAGCGCGGCACAUACGCUGCCGAAUCCAGAAGAUGCGUGGAGAUUUGACAUGCUCAAGGGGUUUGAGGACUCUCCGCAAGGCCUGGGAUCCCGGCUCGGCACGCUGUUUAACGCAUCGCCGUGGACUUCCAUCAUGAAGCGGUGGCAGAGGGGAGAGAUUUCCAACUUUCACUAUCUCAUGGUGGUAAACACCAUGGCUGGGCGGACCUUUAACGAUUUGACCCAGUAUCCAGUCUUUCCGUGGAUCCUUGCCGAUUACACCAGCGAGGAUCUCGAUCUGGAGGAUCCGAAAACGUUUCGAGACCUGUCAAAGCCCAUGGGUGCCCAGACCGUCAACCGCAUUCAAGGCUUCAUCGACACUUAUAGUGCGCUUGAAGAGAUUGGACAGACGCCAUUCCACUAUGGCACCCAUUACUCGUCAGCCAUGAUUGUCUCGUCGUAUCUCAUCAGACUGCCGCCCUUUGUACAGUCUUAUCUACUUGUUCAGGGAGACAGCUUUGAUCACGCAGACCGGCUGUUCCAAUCGAUUGGCGACGCUUGGACUUCGGCGUCAUGUAACAACAAGACGGAUGUCCGAGAACUGAUUCCCGAAUUCUUUUGCCUCCCCGAAUUCCUGACAAACAUCAACGGAUACGACUUUGGGCGUCGGCAGAGCAACGGCGUUCAGGUUAACAACGUUGAGCUGCCUCCGUGGGCCAAGGGCGACCCCAAAAUCUUUAUUGCCAAGCAUCGCGAGGCGCUCGAGAGUCCGUACGUGAGCGAGAGCCUGCAUAAAUGGAUUGAUUUGGUAUUUGGAUUCAAGCAACGAGGCGAGGCGGCGGUGGAGAAUCUCAAUGUCUUCCACAACCUCUCCUACGCUGGCUCGGUCGACCUCGAUCAAAUAAAGGACGUCAACGAGAGGGCGAUUUCGGCUGGCGUCAUUCACAAUUUCGGCCAGACGCCGCACCAAGUGUUCCAAAAGCCUCACCCGCCGCGAGAGCAGCUCAAGUCGUCUGUCAAAAGGCUGGACACGGCCAUAUUCUCCUUGGUGUGCUUGCCGAAUCCGCUGCUGGAGAGCCACGAGAGGGUUUCCACACUCAUCUAUGCGCCAAAGUUGGACCGCCUGCUGUGCGCCUCGCCAUUUCGCCUCAACCUCCCGCCAUACGACAAGUAUCUGGAGUGGGGAUAUGCAGACAACAGCAUCCGCUUCUUCUUUGCCGACAACCGCAGGGCGGCCGGUCUGUUUGAGAACCUUCACAUUGGCCAGAUCUCGUGCGCGGCCUUUGCCGACUCCAAGACGCUCAUCACUGCGGGAGAAGACUGCGUCGUGUCCGUCCAUGCUCUGCAUACGGCACCGGGCAAAGCGGUGGAGCUGAUUCCCAAAUCGAGCCUCUUUGGUCACAAGACGCCGGUGACGGCCAUUGCGGUGGGCAAAGCCUUUAGCACGUUUGUCACGGCCUCGUCGGAUGGGCAGGCUUUCCUGUGGGAUCUUAACCAACUGUCCUUUAUUCGCAAGCUGCCUCUUGUGCGCCACGUGGAGUGCGCGCAAAUCCACAACGUGUCGGGCGAUAUCAUGCUAUGCUCGGGACCUAACGUGCUCCUGUACACUCUCAACGGCGGCCUGAUCCUGGAGCAAAACGUUUGCUCCGACUCGGAGGACUAUGUUCACUCUUGUGCCUUUUACGAAGGCGCCGGCAACGAGUGGCUGGAAAACUACCUCAUCUUUACGGGACACCGCGGAGGCAUCGUCAACGUAUGGCGCAAGAGCGUGGUGGGUGGGAAAUGGACUUUGGAGCGGCUGCGACGGCUAGAUCAUAUUGAUUACACGAGCGACAAGGGAGAGAACACGGCGGCCGGCAUCACUUGUAUUAGCCCGAUGCCAAUGUGUGUCUACACUGGAGACGAUGAUGGGCGAGUAUAUGAGUGGAAUUUCGCCGGCAGAGACAGGUAG